AAUCCCACGUGACUGGCUCUUCUCUCAGGCCAUCAUGGCGUCUCCCAGUGGGAAGGGAUCCCGGGCGCCGGAGGCUCCUGGCUGUGGGCCCCAGCCACUCGCCCGGGACUUCGUGGACUCCGUGGACGACGCGGAGGGGCUGUACGUGGCGGUGGAGCGGUGUCCGCUGUGCAACACCACCCGCCGGCGGCUGACCUGCGCCAAGUGCGUCCAGAGCGGCGAUUUCGUCUACUUCGACGGCCGCGACCGUGAAAGGUUUAUAGACAAGAAGGAAAGGUUAAGCCAACUUAAGAGCAAGCAAGAAGAAUUUCAAAAAGAAGUGUUAAAAGUUGUGGAAGGAAAAUGGAUAACAGAUCAGUUGAGAUGGAAAAUAAUGUCCUACAAGAUGAGGAUUGAACAACUGAAACAAACUAUAUGUAAAGGAAAUGAAGAAAUGAAGAAAAAUUCUGAAGGCCUCCUCAAAACCAAGGAAAAGAAUCAGAAACUUUAUACUCGAGCACAACGGCAUCAGGAGAAAAAGGAGAAGAUUCAGAGGCACAAUCGCAAACUUGGUGACCUGGUAGAAAAAAAAACCACUGACUUACGAGGUCAUUAUGAGCGUCUGGCAAAUCUUCGGCGAUCUCACAUAUUGGAGCUCACCUCUGUCAUUUUUCCAAUCGAGGAAGUAAAGACUACUGUGAGAGAUCCUGCAGAUGUGUCUUCAGAGAGUGACAGUGCCAUGACCUCCAGCACUGUGAGCAAGCUCGCCGAAGCCCGGAGGACGACUUACCUCUCGGGCAGAUGGGUCUGUGAUGACCACAAUGGCGACACCAGCAUUAGCAUCACGGGGCCUUGGAUUAGCCUUCCCAACAACGGAGACUACUCUGCCUACUACAAUUGGGUGGAAGAAAAGAAAACCACGCAGGGCCCUGACAUGGAGCAUAAUAACCCUGCUUACACAAUCAGUGCUGCACUGUGCUAUGCCACUCAGCUGGUCAACAUUUUAUCUCAUAUACUCGACGUGAACCUUCCCAAAAAGUUGUGCAACAGUGAAUUUUGUGGAGAAAACCUCAGCAGACAGAAAUUUACUCGAGCAGUAAAGAAACUAAAUGCAAAUAUUCUUUACCUAUGCUUUUCUCAGCACGUAAAUUUAGAUCAAUUACAACCACUGCAUACUCUCAGGAAUCUAAUGUACUUGGUCAGUCCGAACUCUGAACACCUAGGCAGGUCGGGACCCUUUGAAGUGCGAGCCGACCUGGAGGAGUCCAUGGAGUUUGUGGAUCCCGGAGUUGCUGGAGAAUCGGACGAGAGUGGAGACGAGCGUGUAAGUGACGAGGAAACCGACCUAGGCACGGACUGGGAGAACCUGCCCAGCCCACGGUUUUGCGACAUCCCCUCCCAGCCCGUGGAAGUCUCCCAGAGCCGGAGUUCCCAGGCGUCCCCGCCCAUCGCCAGCAGCAGCGCCGGUGGCAUGAUCUCCUCAGCCGCAGCCUCCGUCACCUCCUGGUUUAAAGCUUACACUGGACACCGCUAACGAGCAGACGGAGACACGCCAGAUCCGCGUCAAGAAAGCUCUCCUGCACUACGCUCUAGGUUAUGUGUUUAGUUAAAAUAGUGCCUGGAACAAAAGAGGUUAAGCCGUGGGGUUUUUUUGAAGCUGGAAGACUAGCAUUUCUCUUCAUCAGCUGGCAGGGAGUGGCCAUGUACAAGUUUAUGGUAAUUAACACAACAGAAGGUCACGGUCCUUCUCCCAGACCAGCUGCUGGAGCAAAGACCCUGUACACGCGGCCAGUUCUGUUGAGGCAGAAACGCGUGGCGCUCCCACCAAUCCGGCCGCAGGCCCCACAGACAGGUGCUGUUGCUGUGAGGCAGAGAUGGUUCGUGAACAGUUUCAGAGGCUGAAUCACAAGGAAGUGAUUCUUGAUGAUCAGGACUUGAAAGGUAAAAACUGUUUAAUGUA